ACAAUCGAAGAGCUCGAAUUCCUACUCGCCUGUCCUCUUCCUCAUCCAUCUUCGCAACAUUUCUCCUAUCGUCACUAUUCUGAGAGUCUAAGUCUCCUUAUCGGCGACAUGCUCACUCUCAAUACAUAUAUUCCGCUGCAUUCCACUGUGACAUUCCUCGCUGAUACUUGAUUCUGUCAUGGAUCUUGCACAACGCCUUGCUCCCUUCCAACUCGACGCAGCUCCUCCAGAUGAGGAGCUGCCCGACUACGAAGCUCAAACCCCACCUAUUUACGAUGGCGAAGAGUUCGAGACACCGAUAUUGAAUUACCAUCUUCGGCAGGUCAAUCGUAAGCUCCAGAUCCUCGUUCCCUUUGGCCCAAUUGCCAACACCUCAUACCACAUCAUUUCUCAUGCGUCCUUCCGCCUCUUCUCCAAAAAGCCAGAUAUGGAGAUAGUUCGACUUUCCCGAGGCCAGUAUAUACAGGAAAGCAUCGCUUCUGUACGAUUCAACAACGACGGACCUCUUCCAUGGCGGCCUCGUGCUAGUUUCACCCACACUGAUUCUGAAGGCACGAACACAUACUCAACGGAGUCUAAGAACUUUACAGACUGGACAGUCGAAAUAGGAGGGAUUACAUAUGUAUGGCGACUGGAGGUCAGGCCGGUGUCGCUCGUGCUGAGUGAGAAGAGCUCGAGCAUCGCCGUUGCUCGAUUUACCUAUUCCAUAUGCGGUACGCUGGCCAGGAAUGGCGCGGAAGUGGGCGAGUUGACGGUAUAUCGAGAUGGCUUGACAGAAGACCGAGAGGGAAUUGAGAAAAUCGUCUGUGGGCUUCUGGUCGCCCUCGUGCAUUUCAAGAGAAUGGGAAGACACUAUUGGAAUGACGCGUCAGUUCGGGCAGACUCGUUGUCGAGAGCACAUCUGCCUUCCCACUCGGUGUUUUCCGCAAGUAGCUCUACUCUUUGAGGUUCGUUGAACGAUGCUUUCGGCAGCGACUUGGUUCCUCGAUCGUGGAAAAGCUGUGUGCGGUUGCACCAUUCGAGGGUUGCACGAGAUUAGUUUGUUUUGUCUUAGCUUCCCACCGUUUUGCAGCUAGCUCAAACAGGCGUCUUGAUUUAGGAAUGUAAUAUGUAAUAGGCGUCCUGUGUGGAUUAAUGGAUGUUUUCGACCAACGCCAAUAAUAAUACAAGACUUGCUCG